GAUUCAAUCAUCAUUGCGUAGAGUUUCCAAGAUCAUGGCACACAGUGACCAUCUUUUCUGCACAAUCUUCUAAAGGUCUUAUUUCAUUUCUUCGUAUCAGCGUGUCGUCUCUCCUUCACAACAUCCAGCAAACAUGUCUUUCCUCGCGUCCUGCUGCGGCUUUGGCCGUAAGAAGGGUGACGAUACCACUCCGCUACUGCCUCGAUAUGAAGACGAUACAGCUCGUGAAAGAGCUCUUCACCAGAAGCUCCACACCUAUCAGAUGCUGAGAGCUCUGUCCAAAGGAUACAUGCCAUCGAACGAACAGACCAUCGUCAACCUCAGAACUCUCCUUGCCUCCGAUGUCCUGAACGCAAAUAACACAGAGCUGAGUGACUCUGGCAGAAUACUGAUUCGAAACUGCCGGACAUGGUUGAAGCUCUUCAUUGAGCUUCUGAUGCACAAGAACGGAGAAGACCAGAUUCAAGAUUUCAUCUGGUACCUCACAAAGUCACGCGUUUCCGUCGAUGUUGCCGACAUUGCCCACUCAGCCUCCAAAACCAAAGCUAGAGCCGAUGCCAAAGCUGCCUACGACAGCUUCCGUACCGUUGGCAGCUUGUUGCUCACGAACUCCGACUUCAGACUAUUCGUCAACGAUGUUGCUACGGUUGGAAGGCAGGUUCUCGCGGAUACUGCGUUUUCAUUGUCCUCCGCCGCCGAGAAGACAGGCAAACAACUCGAGCUCUCGACCGAAGAACAGCAGGCUAUCUCAAAACCAGGAGCCGAUGAGAGCAUUCAGCCAUCAAGAGAGGAGGUUGAGACCAAUGCUAAGAAAGCCACAGAAGAGAUCGGCGACCAGGUGAAAAAGAUUGGAGAAGAUACCAUCGAGAGUGCCAAGGAGAACUUCACCGGUGCUCAACGAGAUACUUUACUGCAUCGACUUAAGCAAACCAUUCUUAACCUCAGGGGCAGAACCGACUACAACGACUCUGUGUCCACUAUCGCCAAACUGAUCCAGAGAUAUGCCAUUGCAUACUCCCGUGUUGCCGACACCACUUUGGCCACUGUUCAAGACGAUGUCUACACCAACCCAGCGCUGGAUCGUGCCGUCCGGAACUUCUGGGAGCUCAUGAGCAGCUUUGGUGACCGUAAAGAGUGGGAGCAACUUGAGCAGGAUUGGAACAAGGUCGUCAGCCAUGCCCAAUCGGAUCCUCAGUUUGAGAGUUUCAUGGUCGACAUCGGCAAAGCUGUGCAGCGAAUGCUGACCGACCCAGACUUUUUCGACGAUGCCGACAACAAACUCCAGGAGCUGAAGGAGAAAUCUUCUAAGCUAGGCAACGAGUCUGAUUUCAAGGCUGAUUUCGACAAGCUGCUCAGACAAGCUCAAGUGACUGUCAGUGCGGUCAUGGAAGACAAGGACGUCAAUGGUCUUAUGCUCGCAACACGACGCAUUUACAACAAUCUAUCUCCACCCAACCAGAUUGUCAACCCAGAUCUCAUCACCGAUUCCAUCCACAUCUUCCUGCCCCUGUUGAUUCGCAGCGUACAAUACAUCCCUAUUCCUCGUAUUGAGGUUUCCGUCCCGGAGAUGGACCUUCUCCUCGAGAACCUCAUCCUCGAGCCUGGCCGCAACGUCAACUCCUCCUCCUUCCUUCCAUAUCGCUUACUCGUCUCCACCCAGAAUGAUCUCGAGAUCCGCAAGACCCAUUCCAGAAAGACUGUGUCCAACACCAAGUCUCUCAUGACUAUCUCGGUCAACGGCCUCAGCGUCGCUGCUCAGGACCUUGGAUUUUGGAUUCGAGGUCACGCAGGCCUAGUCCGAUUCGCAGACGAAGGAAUUGCAAGCUUCUACCUUGACGAGCGUGGCAUUGACAUCUCAAUCGACGUAGAGGUGGGGAGAGAACGCCUCGAGCAGAUCCUCAGCCUCCGCGGAGUCAGGGUCCACAUCCAUAAACUCGACUACGACCUUCGCAAGUCCAAAUUGUCCUGGCUGGGCUGGAUCUUCAAGCCUCUCCUGAAACAUCUCGUACGACGAUCGCUCGAGAAGGCUAUCGCCGAGCAGAUUGUCAACGGUCUCAAAGCAGCGAACCGUGAGUUGGUCUUCGCCCGUGAGAGGCUUCGUGCGACACGUAUCGCCGAUCCUCAAGACGUCAUCACCUUCCUCAAGGCCGUGGCGGCACGUCUCACGCCGGAGGAAGAUCCGGACGUGUACACCAGGGUCGGCGUGGACGCCCCUAGACACGGCGUCUUCCGUGGUGUAUACACACCAGGCAGCAUGGUCAAGAUGUUCCACGAAGAGGCUUUGCAGGCAGAGCAAAAUGUCGAGGAGAACCAGGAGACGGGUGGUGGCUGGAGAAACGCCAUUUUCGAUGUCAACGUCCAAUGAAUGCAGAGGAGGGCAAGGACUUGAUGCGCGAGCUAAUUCAAAAUUGACACAAAACAUGGGGCUUUUAUUUGGUCAUACUCGGGGACUGUACGGUUUUAUGCAAAAAGGUCUGAAUUUCGGGUUGAUGGACUCGAAAAAGCAAUGGGCGCUCCAUCAGCGAUCUUCUUCUGUAUCACGAGUAAUGCCAGAUCCCAGAUAGUAUACGCCGCAACACGACAGCAGUGGCGUUAGCAUGAUCUGUGGUCUGCAGCUUUUAGUCAGCUACUUCUAGUCGAAUCCAAAAUCAUGUGCUUCAGAAUGUCA